CAUGGCGAAGGACUGCGGCAUCCACGGUAAGCACAAGCGGCACAAGCUGUUUCUCCGGCUGUUGGCGGCCUUCCUGUCGUUGGUGGUCGUCCUCCUCCUCGCCGUCCUCAUCGUCUGGCUCGUCCUCCGCCCCACCAAGCCUAUGUUCUAUCUCCAGGACUUCUCCCUCCUCCAGUUCAACUUCACGCACGGCGACGCCGCCCUCCUCACCUCCGUCCUCCAGGUCACCCUCUCCUCCCGCAACCCCAACGGUCGCAUCGGCAUCUACUACGACCGCCUUGACGCCUACGCCGCCUACAAAGGCCAGCAGUUCACCGCCGCCACUUUCCUCCCGCCCGGCUACCUCGGCCACAACGACGUAGCCAUCUGGUCCCCUUACCUCUACGGCACCGCCGUACCCCUCGCCCCUUACCUCGCCGACUCCAUCUCCCAAGACGAGAGCGCCGGUUACCUCCUCCUCUACGUCCGCGUCGACGGCCGCCUCCGGUGGAAGGUCGGCACCUGGAUAUCCGGCCACUACCGCCUCCAGGCCAACUGCCCUGCUUUCCUCAUCGUCGACAGCGGCAAGUCACAAAGCGACGCCCCGGCGCCAAUCGUCCGCUUCCAGCAGAACACCGCCUGUAGCGUCGUUGUGUGA